CGUGAUCUGCAAGUAACAAUAUCUUGUAAAAUCAGGAAAACUUAAAAAUGAGUUCUAAGGUAAUUUGUUUUGCGGCAAUAGUCGUAUUAGCUUUUGGUAUCAGCCAAGCACAUGACCAUGGCUUUUCAUCAAUACACAUCUCUCGCCACGACGGUCAUCAUCAUCCCGUUCAUGUCCAUGGCCACGGUCAUGGUCAUCACCAUGAUUAUUACACACAUCCUAAAUACGAGUUCGAAUAUAAAGUAGAAGACCACCACACGGGCGACAUAAAGUCCCAGCAUGAGCACAGAGAUGGCCACAAGAGUGAGAGCGGGUACUCCUGGCACGACCCUCAUGGCACCGUUAAAGUGACAAAAUAUGAUUCUCAUCAUUAAUGAGGAAAAAACCUUUAUCUUUUUUGUACCGUCAAUAGCCGAAUGAUAUUUUUCUUACAGUAUUUUUUGUAUAAUAUUAAGCCCUUGUUUGUUUUUACCCGAUUGAUAAAAGGGUAAUGUUAUGUCAAUUUUGUUUUGA